AUGGCCGCCAGUGCGAAAGGAAAGCGGGGGGCCGGGCGCCGGAGAGGGGCAAGCCCGGCGGGCUGGGCGGGGGCCUCGGCUGCGAUCGACGCAAUUCACGUCGAGGGUGAUAGGGCUUGGACGAAAAAUUCGGAAUGUGAUGCGUGCCGGAUCGCCCGCGGGGGGGGGGGAUCGGGGAUGCGUGUGUCCGGGGGAAAGGGCCGAAUAGCGGCGUUUGUGGCGACUGAUGCGUGUGAUGAUGGUGCUGGGGACAGGCCCGGGCGGUUCGACGGCGGCGAGGAGGGCCACCGGGGGCAGAUUCUGGGUUCUGACGUCGGGCAGCUGUACGAAGACUUCUUCAGGGUGGCCGCGGAGUUCGAGCAGAAUUACGUCGCGGACGGUGCCUCAGCUGGGGCGUUGGGUCAGGGACCUCAGGACGCUGGUUGCGGCCAGGGCGAUCGACAGAGGCAGAACCCAGCGCCAGAGGGCACAGACGGCUUGAUGGGGCGGCUCUUUGGGAGGCGAGCCAAGAAGGAUCCUGAGGAGUUCUCGUCAAGCAAUCCGAAAGGAGCAGCGACGGCUCCCCAGUACAAGGACUAUUCGCAGGACUUCCAGGAAGUGUGA